AUGGUUAAGACAAGGAGUAUGACUAGGAACGAAAGCAAGAAGAGGUUCAAGACAUGUGAUGAUGAUGAUGAUGAUCCAGCACCAUGGUCAGAUCUUAACCAUGAAUUGCUUUUUACAGUUAUGAUGCAACUGGGAGUUGUUGAUUUUCCUGCAUUCAGUGGAGUUUGUAAGUCAUGGAGGUCAUUCGCACUUUCUAACAAAAACAAAUUCAUGCAAUCCAGACCACCAAUAUCCAUAUCCAUCUUUUCAGAGUCUAAUGAUGAAAACUUCAACUAUUACCUAGACGAUAUAAAUACUGAAGGAAGAAGCUUCAAUUCCAUUCUUCCUCAGUCUGGUGGAAGGACAUGUGUUGGUUUUACUUGUGGUCACUUGAUCUUGUUUGGAAGUAAAACUCAUGAUUUCUGGCUUCUUGAUCCUGUCACUAAGCAUGGAGUCUAUUUCCCUAAUAUCCCUUCUUCAGUAAGUGAGAAUCCAGCAAAAAUCAGGGGUUUUCUUGUCUUUUCACGUUCAAAAUCCGAGUGGGUGUUUGUUAUGACAGAUGGAUCCACCAAUAUAUGGUAUUCUAUAUCGGGUGAAGGCGAAUGGAAUCAUGUGUCAUCAACUUCUCCUAUUGUUGAUUUACGUGCUUUCAAUGGAAAGAUGUAUGCCAUGGACAAUGCUCGACAUUUAUGUGAACUGACAAUUAAUCCUGAGCCUAAAUUAUUGAUACUUGAAACCAAGAAUUUUCCUAACUUUCCCAAACAUCAGCAGUUUUACAAAUCACGUGAAAAUCUUUGUGUGAUGGGAUAUUUUCCAGAAGGUUAUUAUUAUGAAUAUCACAAGCUAGAUUUUGAGGAAAUGAAAUGGGUGUUGUUUAAAACGACAAGCAAUACUACAGGGGCAUCAUCUAUUCGUAAUAACAUGAAGCCUAGUGGAGCUGUUAAACAUGGAAAAAGCAAGUUUUUUAUUUGGAAUUGGAAACAUAUGGUAUAUCCCAAAAUUGAUUGA